AUGCUGCUGCGUCGCCUUCUCCAGCGACAGCUGUUUGCUUGCAGGAUCCCCCUAGUGGGUGAACGCCUGGCUAUCAGUGCUUUGCUUGGAUUCAUCUGGGUUAUCAGCCUAUACAGCAUUAUCACAGGUGUUUGGUGGAUUCGCCUGCGAGACUAUUUCGAGGAUAGGGGCCGAGAGAAUGGCGUUCUUGAGGGAAACUACCGUCUCGCUGCGAUUGCGCUGACUGGUCAUCUUUGCGAUGUCACAAUGGGAAUGGUCCUCAUCCCCGUCUCCCGACACAGCGCACUUGCCUCCUUCUUCAAACUCUCCAUUUCAACCACGCUUACUUUUCAUAUGCUGACGGCAUAUACUCUCUUCACCCUUGUACUGGUUCACGGAUUCCUUUAUGUAUCCUGGGUCCCCACCUUCAACUCGCUCUCAGAGAAGCUUCGGACGGUAUACCCUGUCUUAAACCCAACGUAUUUAUACCACGAGACUUGGCCGGGUAACUUGUCAGCCUUGGGUAUUUGGCGAGCCUCCCUUAUAUUCACCGGUAUCGUCUCCACCAUGAUCAUGGGUCUCAUUUUUAUCACCACGCUACCAACAAUUCGAGCCAAACAUUUCAAUCUCUUUUACUUUACUCACCUCCUGAGCAUCGUAGCCGUCAUCGCCAUCUGUCUACACGCUAGUACGAUCUUUUACUGUGUGGCUCCUGGGCUAGCGAUGUGGGUGCUCGACUGGGGUAUGCGACUAUAUGAGUUGAGAGAGUGCGUGCCGGGCAAGGUGGUCCAUCUAGGAAAAGGAUGGUAUUGCAUCAAUAUGUUACUCCCUCGGCACCGACUCGACGGCUGUGCGUGUAAGUCCCCAGUUGCGCAUUUUUACAUUCGCCACUCAGAAUCCUCCGUCCGGGAGCUCCAUCCUUUCACCACCAUCACCCCUCUUGCUUCUCAGAAAAGUGUCGUUUCCGAGUCACGAGAUGAUAUCUCAAUCCAAUUUCUCUUUCGUAAGCGCGGUAAUACGGACAACCUUCCAGGGCGACAGGUUAGGAACGAAAAGCGGCCGACCUGGUUCAGGCUCUUCCAAAAAUCAGCGCAGCCAACCUUACAAUGGACAGAUAAACUAGCUGGUCUCGCGGAUAAUUACAGACCAUUAUCAACAUCCGGGGACAAUUUCAGUACCAACCAGUCAAUCGACACAUCUUCUAUCGAGUCUUCCAACAAGAGUCAAGUACGCACAUAUCCGUCACCGGGAGUGGAAAUUUCUUUGCGACUUGAAGGGCCUUAUUUCUCCGAAGCAGAUCCCUGGCGUUACAGGACAGCGAUAUGCUUUGUCGCUGGUACUGGAAUUCCUGUGGAGUAG